UUGUUUCUCUGAGGUCAAGAGGAAAUGACGCCAUUGAUGCAAAUGAUUUUUGACGAAUUCAAACAUGGCGGAAUACCUGGCGUCCAUUUUCGGAACAGAGAAAGAUAAAGUCAAUUGCUCAUUUUAUUUCAAAAUCGGAGCAUGCCGCCAUGGAGAUCGAUGCUCCAGGCUUCACAACAAGCCAACCUUCAGCCAGACUAUUGCCCUCCUGAAUAUUUACCGAAACCCUCAAAACUCUGCCCAAUCGGCUGAUGGUCUACGUACAUGUUCAGGCACGGUCAGUGAUGUGGAGAUGCAGGAGCAUUACGACGACUUCUUUGAGGAGGUGUUCACGGAGAUGGAGGAAAAGUACGGAGAGGUGGAGGAGAUGAACGUGUGUGAUAACCUGGGAGAUCACCUCGUGGGAAAUGUCUAUGUCAAGUUCCGUCGUGAAGAGGACGCAGAGAAAGCGGUCAUUGACCUGAAUAACCGUUGGUUUAAUGGGCAGCCCAUCCAUGCCGAGCUGUCCCCGGUCACCGACUUCAGGGAAGCCUGCUGUCGUCAGUAUGAGAUGGGGGAGUGCACUCGAGGCGGCUUCUGUAACUUCAUGCACCUGAAGCCCAUCUCACGGGAGCUAAGGCGAGAGCUCUAUGGCCGGCGCAAGAAAAGACAUCGCUCACGAUCACGAUCCAGAGAACGCCGUUCUCGCUCCCGGGACCGUGGCAGAGAAGGCGGCGGUGGUGGUGGUGGUGGUGGUGAUCGCGGCGGUCGUGGUGGCGGUGGCGGACGAGAUGGAGGCGGAGGUGGAGGCGGAGGCAGAGACCGAGAGAGGCGGAGGUCGCGGGACCGGGAACGUUCUGGAAGAUUCUAAGCUGAGCUGUGGCUUAAACCCCCUCCACCCCACACCCCCUCCUUUCAUGGGUGUAGAAGUAGUCUCAUUAUGACCAAAAUGUGAUGGAAUUGUUCGAUUUGUCUCUUUUUUUUUUUUUUUAGCUUUCUCCCAUUUUUAGUAAAGACAUGUCUUCUCAAUAAAAAAGCUUUUUUUUGGUGAGUUUUGUACAGUUCUUAUUUUUAUGUGUUUUGGCAUUGCAAACUUCUGAAUCCGCUCUUUUGAUGGUAAAUGGUGCCUGAUUAACAGCUACCAAAAUUGUGCAAAAUUGUUUGGUGAAUACACAAGAUUUUUUUAAUGUCCUAUGCAUGUGUGAAUGAGGCUGCAAGAGAUCAGAUGAAUUGCAUCAGUUUUGGGAGGCUGUCCUUAUUGUAAGGUUGUGUGUGUGUGACUAACACCCAAUUCCUGCCAAUGCUUUGUUGACACAUCAUACCAGGGAAUAAAUGGACAAUGUGUCACAUACUUAAUAGUUAAACGACACAUUCGGUUUCAUAUUC